UCUAAAAACUAUUUAAAAUAAUAUUGGAAGCACAACAUUGAAGGCUAUGAAACGGCAGCGUUUGAAUAUUCAAAGUUAGCCAUGCGUUACAUUAUCUCAGAAUUAGCUCUCGUCCGCCAGUCGUCUCUCUAGCAGGCGACAAACUUCUUCUGGACAACAUGAACUCACUGAUCUCAUCCUCGCUCUGCAACUACUACAUUUCAAAGGUACCAUUGACACCCACGAGACUCGUAUAUAGACAUAGUUUUUGCAAUACCCAGUUGUUAUCCACCAAGAAAUUGAAAAUAAGUGCCAAAGCGAAUGAAGUGGAUACACAGACCACAGUGGAGGAAUCCGAGCAAGAGCUAAAACUAGAAGAACCAAAUAAUGAAACAAGCAAGGCCUCUGCCCCUGCGCUCGACAAAGACCUCAAAAAGGCGGUUCAAAAGACUGCAGCAACCUUCGCACCAAGAGCUUCCACAGCCACCAAGAAUCCAGCAGCACCAGGAACUGCCUUGUAUACAGUGUUUGAGGUUCAAGGGUAUGUCUCCAUGCUGUUAGGUGGAGCACUUUCUUUCAAUCUCAUAUUUCCGUCCAACGAGCCAGACGUAUGGAGAUUGAUGGGGAUGUGGUCCAUUUGGAUGUUUACAAUUCCUUCUUUACGCGCUAGAGAUUGCUCAAAAAAUGAGAAAGAAGCUCUUAACUAUCUGUUUCUUCUCAUCCCUUUACUCAAUGUCAUAAUCCCUUUCUUUUGGAAGUCUUUUGCCGUUGUAUGGUCUGCAGAUACACUAGCUUUCUUUGGAAUGUAUGCAUGGAAGUUUGGAUGGCUACAGAGAAAAGAGUAAGAACAAACUCAUUAAUUUCAGGCUUUGCUUUGAUUGGAUCAAGGGACUUUGUUGCAGUACUCGGAUAAAACAUUUCUUGAAACCCAGAACUGCAACACGUUAGAGCCAACAACAUGAUUGCCUUUGCCUGUUGUUACCAAAGACAGCGACAAUUUUCUAUUUUAUAUGUUGAUUGAUCAUACGUAGGGGUCUGGUUCUCAUUCUUGUUUUGAGGUAUUGGAAAUUGAUAUACUGGGGAGGAUCACAUGUGCAGGAUAUGAGGUUCACUGUCCUUAAUUAAGAAGACAGUUUGAAAUCGUCAAAAUAUGCUUUUAGAGGUCACUGGCUCGUGAAUGGCAAACUGUUUGCUGAUUAAUGAUUAUUUUGUCUUUGGUUUUCUUUUUA